UCUAGAAAAUAGAUACUUAAUCAAGAUUUACUUUAUAAAAAUAAUCAUUAAUAAUAUUAAUAAUAUCUGAAAUAGCUCUUUUCCAAAAUUUAAACAGAUUCAAAUAUGUUGAAACCAAAAGCACUAAUAGAGGUUCUUAGCCAAGCUAACACAGGAGGUGUAGAGAUAACCUUAUUAUUGAACCUUGAGGGUACCCUUUUGGCAUAUAGUGGCUAUGGAGAUAAAGAUGUUCAAGUUACAGCCGCUAUAGCUAGUAAUAUUUGGUCUACUUAUGAAAAGAAUGGAAGAAAUGCCUUCAGAGAAAAUCAUCCGCAAUUGAUACUUAUGGAAUGUGCUGAAGGAAGGGUAGCUAUUACACAAGUUGCUAAUCUACUCCUUUGUUUAUAUGCGAAGUGCAGCGUGGGGUUUGGAAUGUUAAAACAAAAAGCUGAAGCCUUAGUUGAAUACCUAGAUGGACCAUUGAAGCAAAUUGCAACAGCUUGAGACAACUAAUAGAGAUUAUUCGGUACAACAGCUUUAAAUAUAUGUACAUAUGAGAUUUUAUAUAAUGGAGUGGAAUGUAGCAAUUAUUCUUUCUUAUACUUCAAUCUAAUUAAUAGCUAAUGGUAUAUAUUUUUUAUUCAGCUUAAAAAAAAUAUAUAAUCUAUUUUUUCAUGAAAAUGUUUUUGGGUAGCUAUUGACCUCAACAAUUAUCGAUUUAACUAAAUUGUCCCACCUUUCUGUGAGAAAUCAAAACUUCAAUAUAUUUAAAAACACAA